CUUCAUGUGGUGCGCAUGCUCUUUGUCUAUCACCGCUUUCUACGUGGCAUCAAAGCGAGGCAGUCUGGAUUCUUCGUUCUUUCUUUCUCUCCAUCUUUUUUCUUGGUUGGUAUGGGAGCCUACAAGUACCUUGAAGAGUUGUACAAGAAAAAGCAGUCUGAUCUGCUUAGGUUUUUGUUAAGAAUCAGAUGUUGGCAGUAUCGUCAGUUGAGUGCAAUCCAUAGGGCAUCAAGACCAACUCGCCCAGAUAAGGCUCGUCGACUUGGUUACAAGGCUAAGCAAGGCUAUGUAAUCUACCGAGUGCGUGUACGCCGUGGUGGACGCAAGAGGCCAGUUCCCAAGGGAGCUACCUAUGGAAAACCAAACAACCAAGGAGUAAACCAGCUUAAAUUCCAAAGGAGUUUGAGAUCUGUUGCCGAGGAACGUGCUGGUCGUUACUGUGGUGGACUCCGGGUGCUGAACUCCUAUUGGGUUGGCCACGAUUCUGUAUACAAGUACUUUGAGGUAAUAAUGGUAGAUCCUUUCCAUAAAGCUGUACGCCGUGAUGCUCGCAUCAACUGGAUCUGUAAACCAGUUCACAAACAUAGGGAGCUGCGUGGAUUGACUGCAGCUGGCCGUAAAAACAGAGGAAUGCGUAAGGGUCAUGGUUAUAACAAGGUUAUUGGUAGUUCAAGACGUGCUAACUGGAAGAAACACAACAGUCUCUCAUUGAGACGUUAUCGUUAAUGAUAAUAAAUCAUUUUGUUUACUCCA